AUGGUGCUCACAAAAAUCUGGCUAAUUCCGAUUUUCUACGGUUUUUGUGCAAUUUCAGCCACUGCCACCAAGUAUUUAUUCGUUUCACUGCUGCAGAAAAAUCCCACAUUUUUACCGUUUAUCAAGUGGGUUUAGGAACUUUUGUUUGGGUCGUGAAGCGAAAAUUUUUACGUAUUUUCGUGCCGAGACCCCAAAAAUCCACAUUUUUCCAGCCAUAAAAAUGCGUCUCUGUUCGGUGAAUGUGUUUUCGCGCACCUUGUCACAUAUUCUGCAUUUUUGCGUGAGUCCUCGCGUUUUCCCUCUUCUACAGUAUCCCCAAUUUCCUACAGUAAUUCUCGUGAUCUACCUACGUCAUCGACAAACCGUCGAAUAUUAUUUGCAUCGUUUGAAGUGGGAAAGUUCGCUCUGGCGAACUGCGAGUACGGUAAUUUCUGGCGUCGGAUUUUUGGCCGCAAUUUGUGUGACGAUUAUUGCACAUUGUGAGGUGGGCUGAGUAUUCAAUGUUAAUAAAUUGGCUGCGUAUCUUUACCUUCCCUGAGUAUCUCAUGCUUCCAUAUUCCAGGACCCCGAACUCGCCCCAAUCCACGAUCUCGCCGACACUUUGGCCUUUUCUCUAGGCCUGGCCUAUGCUUGGGCUCAGGCUAUUUUAACGUAUGUGUACAUUUGGCUGCGUACUUAACUGAGUAUCAAAUGUUUUUAGAUUUUCACUGAUUCCAAGAAUGUGCACAUUGAAAGUUUGCAUUUUUCGAUUUCUGAUUGUGAUUCUGGAAAGUGCCACGUUUAUUUUUUGUGAGUUCGAAAAUCUUUGGUGACAAAAAUUUGUUUCUUUGCAGAUAGGAUCGCCAAAAAUUCACCCAAAGAUUAUCCGGAUUGGGCGAUUGAGGCUAGUUUAUGGACAAUUUCAGGUAGAUUUUCAAAAAAAUCGUGGUAGGACCUAAAAAAAUCUCAAUCUUUACAGUAUGCUUCCACGUGUUCAUCAUCACAUUUUUUAUCGAACUUCGAUUUUCGUAUUUGCAUUCGCCUAAAGUGAUUUUUGUGCGGAGUGCCGAAAAUUAUGAAAAUUUAGUGGAAGAAUAA